GCGCCCCCGCCGCGCGCUCCCGGGAGGCGGCGGCGGCGGCGGCGGCAGUAUCCAGAGCAUCAGCGGUCUUGGCAGCAGCCCGGCAGCCUCGGGCGGGGCCGGCCAUCGGGACGACCCACGGACAGAGGUCGUCGGGGGCGAGUGGCCCCCCAGGCCGGCCAUGGAGGGCUCCUCAUUUGGCGCGGGCCGCGCAGGGGCUGCCCUGGACCCCGUGAGCUUCGCGCGGCGGCCACAGACCCUGCUGAGGGUCGCAUCCUGGGUGUUCUCCAUCGCCGUUUUUGGGCCUAUAAUCAACGAGGGCUACGUAAACGCCGACAGCGGCCCGGAACUGCGCUGCGUCUUCAACGGGAACGCGGGCGCCUGCCGCUUUGGCAUCGUGCUGGGACUUGGGGCUUUCCUAGCCUGCGCCGCCUUCUUGCUGCUGGACGUGCGCUUCCAGCAGAUCAGCAGCGUCCGGGACCGUCGCCGCGCUGUGCUUCUAGAUCUAGGCUUCUCAGGUCUCUGGUCCUUCCUGUGGUUCGUGGGCUUCUGCUUCCUCACCAAUCAGUGGCAACGCACUGCGCCAGGGCCCGGCACUACACAGGCUGGGGACGCUGCGCGAGCUGCCAUCACUUUCAGUUUCUUCUCCAUCCUCAGCUGGGUGGCGCUUACCGUGAAGGCCCUGCAGCGAUUCCGACUGGGCACGGACAUGUCACUCUUCGCCACAGAGCAGCUGGGCACUGGGGCAGGCCAGGCCUACCCUGGCUACCCAGUGGGCAGUGGUGUGGAGGGCACCGAGACCUACCAGAGCCCACCCUUUACCGAGACCCUGGACACCAGCCCCAAAGGGUACCAGGUGCCCGCAUAUUAGCGGCUGGCAGGUGCAGGCAAGGGCUCAAAAGCCACCCCGGCAGUUCAGGCCCCAAGACCUCCUGGAGCCUCCCUCAGGUCCUACCCACCCAGCACCAGGGAUCCAGGGGAUGGCUACUGUGGGCUUCCAUGCACCAAGUGAAUGGAGCCCCUCUGGGGCUCCUGGGCUGUCCCCACCAAGCUCCCUUAGCAGAAGGGUACAGACCUGAUGUCCUGAAAGAGGGCAUCACAGCCUGGGGUGGGCUGCAGAAAAAGAGGCAGUCCCUUCAUGGGCCAGGCAACCUGGGGCUUACCUGUCUAUUCCAAGGUCAGAGGUACCACUGCUCUACACUGCCUGGUGCUGGGCUUCCCAGGAUCAGGGGUAAGGACACUGACCUCACCCUGAGGCCAGAGAUUGUGACCACUGGUCCCCAUCCCCGGUCCUUAUGGAUAGUGACUACUUUUGCUGCUGUCUUGGUUUGCCCUCUCUGGAGCCACCCUCAGUUUCGACUCAUAGACUCUAGAGCAGCCUGGCCUGUUAGUGUUGUUGUGAUUGUGGUCAAGUCUUACAGUUUUAUCUUAUAAUACCCCAUAAGUUGCCCCUCUCUGUGGGCCAUUCUGACCAGGAAGGCAUAAGACAGCUGUGGGCCUGGGCAACAGCCCUUAGGUAAGACCUUGCCAAAGUGAAGAGUAGAACCUGGGUGCCAGGCAAGACAUGCUUCUGUAUAGGAAAGAGUCCUGGAGCUUCCACCUGCCAACAGUGGCCUUGGAGACAGCCAUUCCUGCAAACUGUCUUACCUUGGCUUCCUGGACCAAUUUGUCCUUCCCUACCCUGUACCCUGUUUUAAGGCCCAGCCUCAUGGGGGUUCCCGUGCGUAGCUGACUAUUCAUGCAUUGCACAAAGCUGGCUUUUCACAUAAAGUUAAAUCAGACAUGUUGCCAUAUUUCAUUCUUACAGACAGAUGCCUCCCUCUGGAGUUGCAGUUGAGUGGUAUCUAUACAUUGUAGCAUAGAACAAUUAUUUAAGUGAUAUUUAAGUGAAUAUGUUUACAGUUUUUGUAUAUAUGGAUCUCUCUUCUGAAAGAACAAUCCAUGAUUGUGUAUUUUUAGUGACCCAUAUUCUGACUGCAACUUCUUUACAAUAAAGAUUGUAAAUGCAUUGACUGUGA